AAUUUUUCUAACCUGGGUCAAUUUAAAUUUCUUUUUUUUAAUCAUUUGCAACUAAAAGUAUGAAUACACCUGUGUUUUCAGAGUACAGCAUGGCCGGUGAAGUGGGUACGAAAGGAGAUGUGUACAGCUUCGGAAUUCUGUUGCUGGAAAUGUUCACAGGAAGACGACCCACUGAUGAUAUGUUUAACGACGCGUUAACUCUGCACAGAUUUGCGAUGAAGGCUUUGGACGAAAAAGUGAUAGAGAUUGUUGAACCUUCGCUACUGUUGGAUACGAAAGUUGGGAAUUUUAGUAGUCAUAUAGGCGGAAGAGGGGGAACUGAGGAGUGCUUAAUCUCUGUAGUAAGAACUGGAGUCGUCUGCUCAAUGGAAUCUGCAACAGAGAGAAUAGAGAUGAAAGAAGUUGUGACAAAACUAUGCUCUGCUAGAGAAAAGAUUCUUAAUACUAGGAUUUGAUAAAUUAGAUUAUUUUGUAUGUUAAGCUAAGUUCUCAUACACUAUCUUACUUGAGAAACAAACCCCAUUUCCCUGUUUUGGCAUAUAUAUUAGGUAGAAGUGCUAAAGCUCCAUGAU